CGUGUUGCGCGCGGUCGGCACGAUGGUACUAGCCGGUUUAAGGUCUGCCUGGACCGGGCCGAGGUGGGACUGGUGCCGCGGCCUCUGAGGAGCGGCCUCUGCACCAGGGCCGCUCUGUUUUCCUUUUCUUGAGGGGGCGGGGGACGGUGCCCCGGGUUCAUUCCCUCUUGUCAGGCAUCUUAAAAUUAUGUGGAAAUGGGGCAGUGGAGAUGAUUCAGUCCCUAAAUCUGGAGUCCAUGGGCCUCCUCAAGCAGCAGGCAUGUCUGUAGCUGAUUUGACUGAACAGCUGGCUCAGACUAAACAACUGGUAGCACAACUCAAGGAGCUUGUUAAAGAAAAAGAUAAUGGCUUACACAACAAAGAUAAACAAUUAAAGGAAGAAAAAGAAGCUUCUGACACCAAGAUUUCCAAAUUAAAACUCCAGAACAAAGCCAAAGUAGCAUCAUUAACUUCACAAUUAGAAGAACUUAAGAAGCAAGUAUCAGGAACUGGAGUACAAGAUGGAAAAUCUGGACAAAAGAGAAGUGAUCAAGAGAAUGCUGCUGCAAGUCGUGGAAAAAUAUUAGUGCUCAGAAAGAAAGUUGAAGAACUAGAAACACUGAAUGCCCAAAAAAAUGAAGAGCUCUGGCAAAAGAUUGCUGAAUUGGAUGCUGCACACCAGCGAGGUGCUGAACUAGAUGCCAUGCUUGCCGAGAAGCAAAAAAAACUAACUGAAAAAGAAGCCUACAUAAUUGAUUUGCAGCUAGCCUGUGGAUCAACUAAUGAUGCCAAAGAAAUGCUAAUGCAUAACAGUGAAUUAAAGAAUCAGAUUUCCAGAAAAGAGGCUUCAUUGCAGAGUAUGCAAAUAUUAGUUCAGAACCUUACCAGGAAAGUUGGGGACAGUGAAGAAAGAUGUAGCCUCCUCCAAGAACAAAUUGGAAGUCUUAAAAGCCUUCAAAAUAAGGAGAAGGAGCACUUUCAGGAAAGAGAAGCCAUGUAUAACCAAAAUAUCCGCAUGUUUCAAAAUAUUAUCCAGGAAAAGGAAAAAGAUUUGAUGAGACUGGCCCAGAAACAUGAACAAGAACUCUUUAAAGUGGCUGCCAAAUCUGAUGCUAGUGCUGAUCUAGAACAGUUACUGAAAGCCUUAAAGCAGAAACUACAUGAGAAGGAGGAAGUCAUGCUUGGAAGGACACAGGUGAUAGUCAUGUUGCAACAAGAACUGGAUGGCAAGGACCAACAGCUGAAAGAAAUGAAUGAACAACUAAACCGCCUUGAGUCAGAGAAAGACAAUCUCCAGUCCAAGCUGGAUGCCGAAAAGCACGUAAUGCGAGCCCAGCUGAGAGACAUGAUGGAGAAACAUGAUAAUGAAAUGAGGAAAGCGGGAGAGAAGUAUAAUGCUGACCUUCAGGAGAUACAAGAAACACAUGAAACAGAGCUUCAGGGAAAAGAUCGAACACUACUUCAGCUACAGAAAGCAUUUGAUGAAUUAAUUUCCAGACAUGAAAGUAAUUUGGAGCAAGCUGUUGAUAUGGAUGCCAUUAUUAAACAAAAGUUGGAACAUUUAGAAGCGCAAGUAAAACUGAAAACAGAAGAGGCCAGCAAAUCAGAAGCUAAAUUCCUUAAGAUGAAAGCAUGGUCCAAAUCCAGAAUCAGACAACUUGAAGAUGAACUUAAAAAUGUUACACCAAUGAAUGGCUGUAUAACUGCCUUACAAGACCAGGUUUCCGAAUUAAAGAAGGAAAAAGAAGAUCUACAGUCAACACUGCAAACAUAUUUGGAACUUAAAACUCAAAAUGAAGAACUGGUGGCUAAGCUUGAAGUUUAUGAAGAACAGCAACGAAAACUUCAGGCAGAUCUUGAACAAGUUACCAAAAGGGCAGCUUCACAGGCUAGUGAAUCGGGCAGUGUGGAUGAAUUACAGAGUCCACUUUUGGAAUGGCAAGAAGCUGUAUCUGAAUCUGAGGAUAUACACAAUGAAAUCAGAGAGGAAAAAUCUGUUAUAGCUCUGAGAAUCGCCCAGAUUGAGGAGGAGAGAGAAGCCAUAGUCUCAGGGCAGCAGGAGCUGGAGGAGGAACUGGCCACAGGCCAGGGGAUUAGCAGGAUGCCACUGGAGAGAAAGAAGACGACUGAGUCCAGGAGGAAACUCCAGGAAGAUUACAGUUAUGAUGGAAAACAGUGCUAUGAAGAGUUGAACAUCACUUUGGAUAGCACUGAUUCAGCUGAAGGAGAAAACAUGGGAGGUUGGUGGCCAGAGUACACUUCUCCUAGUACAGGUUUACAGACUGUGGUGGAAGAGUUAGAAUUGGAAAGAAAUCAUUUGCAAGAACAGAUUCUCUUUUUGGAGGAAAGAUGUGGAGACUUGGAAGAUAAGUUGCAGCUCCAAGGCAGAAUGGAAGCUCUGCAGAAUGAAAAUGAUCGUUUGCAGUCCCAACUUGUACAGCUUCGCAGCCAGCAAGCACGUGAUGCAGAAAAACACCAAAUUGUUCUUUCUAACUUGAAUGAACAACUUAAAGGAUUAAAUGAAAGAAAUAGUGUGUUUGAAACUUUGCUUGCGGAGAAGGAGCAAAAGCUUUCAAGUACAGUGGAAAGACUGGAACAGCUAGAAGAUAUGAGAAAGUCACUUCAGGAGAGAGACCUUCUGAACAAAGAAUUAAGUGAACGACUUUUGCAAAAUGAACAGAAGCUUGAAGAUUCUUUGAAGAAGUGCAAUGCUUAUGGAGUAGAAUGUUCAGAACAGAAAACUGUUAUCAAUGAACUAACAGAGAAAAUGUCUGCCUUUAAAGAAAAGACUGUGAAACAAGAUGCAGACAUGCAAUUAAUGCGACAGGACCUGGAACAGACAAAUGAAGAACUUGACAGGUUGAACACAAGUCAUUUAGAAGAAAGAUCUCAACUUAUUCAAGAUCUGCAGAGACGGGAAAGAGAAAUUGACAACCUCAAAGAAAUGUUGAUUGAAAAGGACAAAGAAAUUUCUGAUCUUUCUUUGAGUAUGUCUGAGUAUUCUGAACAGAUCAGAUGCAAAGAAGAGGAAAUACGGGAGAUGGAAAAAGCAUUGUCCAAGGCUGAAAAGGAAGUCCAAUCAUUGAAAGAUGUACAGACAACAGAUAUGAAAGAUGCAAGCAUAAAAUUUUCAGGACUUAAUGAGAAGUUAAGAACAAUAGAGUCAGAGCUGGCAAUAGUAAAAGUUGAAAACGAAGCUAAAACUAAAGAAAAUGAGGAUCUCAUUAAGCAAGUCAAAGAGGCAAGCAAAUCAAUUAAAGAACUUCAUUCUGAAAUGAAGAAUCAUGAUAUUACAUACAGUAACCAGCUUUUGGAGUGCGAGUCACAAAUUAAAUUGCUUAAAGAACAAAUAAGUAAAUCAGCUGAAAAAUUGCAAGAAACAGAGAGGAAAUAUAGAGAGGAAAUAGAGCAACUUAGAUUCCAGCUUGAUGAACAUAUCUCUGCAAAGGAGAAACUAAACGCUUCGUUGAGAGAGAGAGAAAACAAAGAACAAAGUUUUGUAAAUGAAUUGAAAUCAGUAAAAGAAUUAUAUAAUCAACUAAUAGUGGAAAGUGCUAAAAAAGAUGAAGAGUUGUCAAAUGUAUCCAGACAGCUUGUUGAACACACUGAACAUCUAGAAAUUGCCAAAAGGUCUUUAGCAGAAAAAACAGAAGUCAUAAUUUCAUUAAAAGACAAGCUUAAAGCUGUAGGGCAGCAAAAUGAGAAAGAAAAACUCAAAUUUCUUGGCGAACUGGAUAACAAAGAAACGGAGUGGAAAAAAUUAAAAGAUGAGCUGCAAGAGCAACAUGAAAUAAUAAAUAAGUUGGAAAUGGAAAAACAAGCUAGCAUCCUGACUAGUAAGCAGUUAGUAGCUGCUGUUGAACAGAAGGAAAAAGGUUUAGCAGGUCAGAUUAAAGUGAAUGAAGAUCUUAGAAAUGAGAUGGAUGUAAUGGAGGAAAAAAAGCAACAGCUAAUCAAGGAGAAUGGGAGUUUGUCCAAAUUAUUGGAUGUAAAAGAGUGUGAACUGUUGAAGAGUGCUCAAUGUAUAGAAGAAAUGGAAAGUAAAAUAUCUGGUAAUGCCAAGGAGCACAAAAAAUUUAUUUCAGAGAUUAAUCAGGAUAGAGAAACUUUAAGAAAUAAUGUUGAAGAACUCUCAAGUCUUGUGAAGGAAAAAGAAGAUUUGAUCACAGAGAAAGAAAAGAAGUGUGAAGUGUUGGAUGAACAGCUCUCACAAAAGAUUGAGAUGACAAAACAAUUACAUCAAGAAAUAUUGUCACUGAACACUCAGUUGAAGGUUGCCAAAGACAGAGAACUGGCAAAAGAAGAAAUGUUAAGAAAGGAAGAGUCAGAAUGUAGUAAAAUGGUCCAACAGCUUAGUUGGAAGGAAGAAAAAGUACUGUCAUUACAAAAACAAGUUCAAGACUUAGAAAUAGAUCUUAAAGGAAAAACCAAAUCUCUAGAAGAAAAAGAUAGGCAGUAUGAAACCUUGCUAAAACAAGUAGAAGAAAAGCAAGCUGAUAUGGUAGCAUUAGAGAGAGAAUUAGAAAAGCUUCAAGGUGUUGGUCUGCAAUUAUCGCAUCAGGUUGAAGAAAAAAAUGCUGCUUUAUUAUCUCAGGGGCUAGAGCUUGAGGAGCUUCAUAAGCAAAGUGUUAAGAAAACUGAAGAAUGUGCAUCACUGAAUGAUAAAAUAGCAUUAUUAGCUAAAGAAAUAGAUAUUCUGAAAUGUGAAAAGGACAAAGCUUUGGCUGUAUGCAGCACUAAGUCAGGUGAAUGUGAAACUCUUCAGCGUCAGUUAAUGCAACAUCAGAGUGAAAUCGUAUCCAUUAAGCACGAAACUCAUAUAUUGAAAUUGGAAAAUGAAAAAUUCAAAACAAAUAUUGAAACAAUUAAUUCAGCAUUAGCUGAAAAAUGUGGAGGAAUAGUUCCCUUAAAUGAUCAGAACCAUUAUAAUAUUUUAGCCUUUGUGGAUUAUAUUGAUCGCUUACUAAGUGAAAUAGAAAUGUUAAAAAAUAGUUCUCAUGAUAAACAAUCUCUCCUUUCCCAGAGAGAAUCUUUGAUUCAGCAGAUUAAAGAAAACAAAAAUUUGGAGGAAAAACAGUAUUUGCAGACAAUUUCAAAUUUGCAAAACCAAGUACAGACUUUAGGUUGUGAAGCUGACAAACUUAAGCAGGAAUUACAAGAAAAGGAUGAAAAUUUGCAGAAGCAAGCUCAGGACUUAAAAUUGUUUAAAGAUAAAUCUGAAGAGUCUGAGUUACUGAGAGUUCAACUGUCUGAGAAUAUGGAAGUAAUUUCUGACCUUCAUUGUCAGCUUAAAAAUAUGAUAGGAAAGAUAGAAGAAUUAAAUAAAUCAAUUACAGAAAAGGAUAUACUUUUAAAACAAAAGGAGGAGGAAUAUGCUAAUUUACAAGCACAUGACUCUGAAACUUCCUGUAUGCAGCAGAAAACUAUAGAAUCAUUGAUGAGUGAAGCAGCACAAUUAAAAGCAGUUCUAUUUGAAAAGGAGCUGUUGGUGAAUAAUAUUUCUUCGCUUAACAAUACCUUGAAUGUUGAACUUCAGGACAAAGAGAAUGAAUGCGAGACCCUGAGGAAACAAGCUACAAAUGUAGAAGAGUUAAAUUUGAGUCUCAAAAAGGAAAUGUUUGUUCAGGAGAAAUUAAUAAAUGACAUUAGUCAAGCACUGUCAGAGAAAAAGGGUUCUGCUUUGGAUAAUGCUAGUCUUGUGAAACAAGUAAGAGAAGAAUUAAAAAUAAAUGAAGAAAAAAUUCAGCUAAUUUCACAACUUCAUGGUCAAAUUAAUAGACUAACCCAAGAAAUUCAAAAAUUAGAAGAAAAAGCACAAGAAAAAGAUAGUGCUUUCUUAUCUUUGCAGGACAAAUUUGCUGCUCAGUGUGAACAAAGAAAUGAACUCAGUGCUACUUUGAGUGAAAAAGAACAACUUAUUGAUGGAUUACGUAAUUCUUUAGAUGAGAAAGUUGCUAAUGUGCAACUAGCAGAGAGUAAUGUUCGGACUCUUGCUAAGGAGGUUGAAUUCCUUAAAGAAGAACUAGAAAAAAGUGCUGUGGCACUAAAGAAGAUUUUGCAAGAAAAAGAUGAAAGCAUUGCCACUAGCCACAAGAAAAUUAGUUCUUUGUCAGUUGAAUUGGAAUCUGCAAAAUUAGAGCAUCAAACAGCAUUGGAACAAGGUGAUCAGUGGAAGCAAAAAUUUGAACAGAAAGAAAUGGAUCUACAAGUUGUACAGGAGAAAUGCACUGAGCAGAUUAAGCAUAUUGAACACUUAAAUUCUGAACUUAACUUCCUAAGUUCUAAAACUUCUCAAGAAUGUCACAGUCACAUACGUUCCAUAGAAAAACUGCAACAAGAGGUAGAUUCUCUAACAAAUGAUAAAGCUCUUUUACAAGAGAACUUUGGUAAGCUGAGUGAAGAAAAUAAAGAGCUGGUUAAGUACCAGAACCAAUUACAGCAAAAAUCAAGAGAACUCGAGGAACUUCACAAAAAAUUAGAAACCAGUGAGAAUGAGUCACAAACACACUUACGUGCCAUCUCUUUGCAGUUGGAAAAAGAGAGAGAACAGUUACUGAUGCAGGUUAGUGUAAAGAGUCAAGAGAUCUCUGCAUUAAAACUUAAGAUUGAAAAGCUAGAACAAAAUCUCCUUGAGUUAGAAAACAGAUGGGUGAUAGAACUUGAUAGGGCAACCCAGCAAAACAAAAUUAAUCUCGAGCAAAUAAGCAGUUUAAAAGAUAACAUGAAAUCAAAAGAUGCUGAAAUUCAGUCUUUGCAGCAAGAACAUGAGGUUAUUAGCAAAGAGUUAUCCAAAUGCCUGUCUGCCUUAUCAAGUAGUAGGCACUUCAUCAGUGACAGUGAUAAUGACGCUGGUCAGCAACUAACUGAAACUAAGGUUGUGUUAGAAAAAAUCUCUAUUCUGAUAAAUAGUAUUCUUAGUAAAGAAGCUGAAGCAAUAGAAUCGCAGCAGGCAUUUUUAGCGAAAGAGGAAGAAAUAAGUCACUUGAAUACUCAUCUGGAAAAUAUGCAGUCUCUGAGGGAAGAAACAAUGGUUAUGCAGAAUGAGUUUCAGAAGAUAAGAGAUGCUCAGCAAUCUGAGAUUGAAUUUCUGUCAAAUAGAUUGAGUGCUGCUGAAGAAACCUUAAGUAAGCAACUGUCAGUUUGUGAGGAAAAUGAGUUUGCGUUAACAGAAAUGAAGAAGCAGGAUAUUUUUCUCCAGGAAAAGGUAGAAAAAUUAGAAGAAGAACUUCAAAACAGUUGCGAAACACUAAACAACAAAUGUGAAAAAGUAGCAAAACUUUUAGAAGAACUUGAAUGCAAAAAUCAGAUGAUAGAAAACUUAAUUUCACAAACUACUCAGCAGAAAGAUUUAAUUACUACUCUAAGCCAGCAGUUAAAAGAAAAAGAUUGCUCAAUUACUCAGAUAAUGGAAUCUAUGUCUAAUGAAAUGGUUAAAUUUUCAGAAGAAAAAAAUGAACUAUCUCUCAAAUUGCAACAACUACAACACAUUCAGAAUAGUAUGACAGAAGAAGCAAGUGUAUUAUCACAGCAGAUAGAAGAAUAUAAGAAAAAACUUGAACUCAGUCAAAUUGGGUUGACCAACAAAGAAGCUACAAUUAAAGAUUUGUUGAAUGAGAAGGAACAGAUAAAUGCUGCUUUGGAAAAAUUAAGUCGGGAAAAGGAAAAUCUGAAAAAGAAACUUCAGGCAGCUUUGAUAAUAAGGAAGGACUUAACUCAGAAAAUUAAGAAAUUUGAAAUGAAUGAUCAGGAAUAUUCAGAAAGAGAAUGUAAUAAAACACAACAUUUAUUGGAGCAAAUUGAUGAAUUGACCAAGCAGUUUAAAAAAACUGAAGUUUACAGUAAAAAUCUUGAAUCUCAGAUUAGUGAAUUGAAAGAACAAUUAUUAGAAAAAGAUACCAGAAUAGAUGACAUGAAUAAAAUGUUAUCCUCUAAAACAACUUCUUUGGAGGUGCUGCAGAAGGAAGUCAUAAAAUUGAAAGAAACCAUUGCUGAACAAAAAAGCAUGUCUGAUCAAAAUUUAAUAUGUCUAAAGGAGAAAGAUUCUUUGCUUGCACAAAUGCAAUCUGUACUCUCUGAAAGAGAAAAAGCUUACACUGAGAAAUAUUCUCAGCUUUUCUUAACCAUAGAAAAUCUCAAAAUUGAAGUGUCAAAGAGAGAAGAAACAUGCAAGGAGAUGAACAGAUCAGAAGCUGCAGUAAACACUGAAGAACCUUUCAAUUUCCCUAAUGAAAUUAAUCAGCUGCAGAAAGAGAAGGAACUUUUACAUAAGAAAAUGCAGGUGCUACUUGUAGCCCGUAAAGAAAGCACUAGAACAAUUCAGAAACAAAAGGAGGAGUAUGCCAAGUUACUAGCAAAUUUUGAUGAACUAACAAAAAACUUUGAGCACAUAAAGGAAGACUAUAAAGUCCUCCAGGUAAUUCAUCGAAGAAAGUGUGAAGAAUUUGGAUCUAAUAUGUUGCCAUUACACUCUCUGCAGGAAAAUUUAGAAACUGCUGCAACGCUUCAUCACAGUGGAAGUGGUAAGCAAAAAACAGUAGAGUCAGAACAGAUAAAGGAGAAAAGUCCUGUUAUGGUAGAAGAACCAGAAAGGUUGAGCAAGAUGGCAGUAAAAGAGGGUAAGAACUGUCUCAGCCUUAUGAAAGAAAAAGAAACAUUUAAGAAAGAAUUAAGAGAGAAGUCACAUGAACUUGAUAGAAAGGAACAAGAGACAAUGAAACUGAAGUUUAAUGUUGAACAGUUGGAACAGCAGUAUAAGCAAGACAACGAUACUAUGGUGAAUCAGAGAGAUUAUCUUUGGCAGCAGUUGGAAACUUAUAAAGGUGAAUUGACAGAGGUUAACACUAUUAUUGAAAAUAUAAAUAAUGAAAAGACUGUUUUCCAUAAAAAAAGUGAAGAAGAUGAUCUGGAACAAAUUGAAAGCCUCAAGUGUGAUGUUCAGCAAGCCAACCUACAAAUUUCAGAGAAGGAUGAAGAGAUAAAAAAUUUAAGUGAUUCUCUUAAAGAUUUCAUAGGCAAAAUUGACCAUGGAAAAGAAAUACUGAAAGAAAUUUCUCAAGUACAACGAAGUGUAUUGGAAAGACAAAAAGAAGCAAAGCAUUUUAAAUUAGUGUUUGAAAAUAUGAGGCAAGAAAUGAAGGAGUUUGCAAGCAACAGAGAAAAAUCAAAUGAACAAUUAUUCAACAUGAAAGAGGAGUUAAGACAUGUCCAUGAAGAAAACAAGAAGCUUUUGAUAGAAUUAAACAUACUGCGUGAAAAGGUUUUACCAGUUUCUAAUGUAAAUGAAAAUACAGUACAUGAAGAAAGCAGAGAGAAUUCUGAAAAUGUAUGGCUACAUUUUGAUAAUGUGCAGCAAACUAGAGUUCAAGAUGCAGACAUCUCUAAUCCUCUACCGGAUCUUUCUUAUGUAGAGAAAGAUUCACUAGAUUUUACUUGCACAACUGGAAUGACAUCAGAAAGACUAAAAAAUAAAGAUUAUCCCCCACUAGAAAUAACUAUGGGACAUGUGGGAGAAAAUGUAAAGGUAGGGAACUAUCAACUCCAACAACAGAAGAGUGAUACUGAAGAAAAAAUCGUGGAAGGUCUCCAAAGAAAGCUGCAAGCUGCCUUAAUAUCACGGAAGGAAGCUCGGAAAGAAAACAAAGUUCUGAAAGAUCAAAUGGAGAUGCUUAUGUUGGAAAACAAAGAGUUAGUUAAUAAAACUGAUGCCCUUCAACUUCUAGUGUCUGAGUUGAGCAGAGAAAAACAAAAUUUGAAUGAAAUUCUGUAUAAAAAGGAGACUCUUGCAACAGAAAAUGCUAGUUUAUUAGUUGAAAAUGAAAAUCUAACUGCUGCAUGUGAAAGUCUGAAGUCUACAAUGGAAACUAUAGCCCAGGAGAAGGAAGCGUUUUCUUUUCAAUUGAAUUCUUUAAAGGAUUCUCAGACAGUUGAAUUAGCAGGUUGGAAAGCUAAACAUAAUGAGUUAAAGGAAGAGUAUGAGUCAUUACUUCAGGCCUAUGAAAAUGUUAGUAGUAAAAUAGGAGAAAUGAGGCAGGUUAUUGAUGUCACUAGAAAAGAAAAACAGGAAGCUCUUCAUAAAAUAAAUGAGAAAGAAUCUAAGAAACAAGAGCUUGAAAAGUUGCUUCAAAAAGCAAGGGAUGAAAAUGCCACUGUGAAAGACCAGCUAGAACAACUUGUUGAAUCAAAAAAGAAGGAAAUCACUGAACUGCAUACUGAAGCAGAAGAGCAGGCUUCUAAGCACAAAUUAUGUUUGGAAGAACAUAAAAAAAUGAUUGAUGAAUCUACUCUUCAAAACAAGCAACUAAUAGAAGAAAACAAACAUCUAAACGAAAAUUGUGAGACCUUAAAACAAGAUCUAGAAAAAAAUCAGAAAGAAAAUAAAUCCCUUUGGGAGGAUUUUAAUCUAAUAAAAUCUGCUCUGAAAGAUCUCGAAAUCCAAUUGGGAUUGAACAAGUUUGAUGUAUCCUCUAAGAUUAGUGAAAGAGAGUCAUUAGCAAACUACAUUCAUUUGUUAACUGAAGAGAUUUCAGAAAAAAAGGAAAGUGUGCAUAUUUUAAAGCAAGAGAAGAAAAUUAUAUCUGAAAGAUUGAAAGGCGAUGAAGACAAAGGCUAUUUAUUUAACUUAGAAGAUUAUUCUAAAAGUUUUAAUCAAGAAAUAGUAAGCCUGGAUGAGAAAAUUAAAAUAUUAGAAGAUGACAAAUCUCUGUUGCAAGAAGAAUUAGAAAAUGUUCAAGAAAUAUCUUAUAAAGUAAAAAACGAAAAAGAUUUUUUGGAGACUGAGUUGCUUAAUCACAUUAAAAAAUUAGAUCAAAUGACAGACAAAUUGAAUGCCAAGGAACUUCAAAUCAAUUUACUCACACAGCAACUAGAAGACAUAGAAUCAGAGAAAUCUAGCACAAUUAGAGAAAAAGAAGAACAGCAACAAGUUAUCAGAGUAUUUGAAGAAAAAAUAAAAUCCGCUCAGAGAGACAAUAAUGGGUCAAAGAACAAAACAAAGGAAUUACAAGAACUGCUAAAGGAAAAACAACAACAAAUCAACCAAUUCCAAAAGGAUUCUAUUAAAUACCAGGAAAUAAUUUUAGGCUUGGAAAAGUCUGUGAAAUUGUCACAAACAAGAAAUGAAAAAACUGAGGAAGAUUUAAGCAAUGUGGAAGAAAAACUUACUAAAUCAAAUGAAGAGUUGCAGAAUCUAACUGAAAAAUUCUCUUUACAGAAAACCUUGUUGGAUGAAGCUAAGGCUGAAAUAGAAAAACUAGCAAUUGAGAACCUAAACAGUAAAAAAGAACUUAAAAAGAAAGAGAACCAGAUAUUAAUUCAGAUGAGACAAUAUGAGAAUCAACUUGAAUGUGGCCUUCAGCAGCUAAAAGCAGCUUGCCAAAAAGAAUGGCUAAAUUUAGAAGAAAAAUUCAGUGUUCUUCAGCAAGAGAAAGAGGAAAUCCUUGGUGAACAGCAUCGUAUGCCAAAAGAAAUUGGCAUUAGGGACUCUCAGAAUAAGAACCUUCAGAAUGAGUUGAAUGAUGCCCUAGCUAGAUUGGCAGCUUUUACCAACUCCCUUCAAAAAGACAGGGACAGAGUCAUUGAUGAAAUGAAAAUUCAGGAAUUACAGAUCAAAGAAACUGUUGAAAAUAAAUGGCAACAGACAGAGACCAGUAAUAUAUUAAUAACAUCCUUACAAGAAGAAGCAGAAGUAAAAAUGCCACAAAUUCAAGAACAAGAACUGAAAAGUUCUGUGUUGGAAGAAGCCAAGAGUGCAGUGCAGACUUCUGUGGAUUCACACAAUUACAAUGAGCUUUCUCAAAUAAAGGCAGAGAAUAUCACUCUGUGGAAUAAACUACACGUGUUGACAGCUGCUCUGGCAUCAAAAGAAGAUGCUUUGUAUGCAUUAAUCAAAGAAAACAGAUCUCUUAACCAUCUUAUAAAAAAUAAUACUGUUGAAAAAGAGGUGGAAGCACUGAAGAAAAAUUUGAUAAGAAAAGAACAGGAAACACAACAGCUUCUGUUAGAAAAAAGUGAAAUUGAAGCUGAGUUGGAAAAACAGUUGGCUGUUUCUGAUCAAAUGAAAAUAAUGCUGAAUAAGAAAGAUGCAGAAAUUGCUGUUCUGAUUUCAUCAAAAGACACAGACACUUCUGGAUAUCUUACUGAGAUACAGACACUGCAUACACAGCAAGUUUCAGAAUAUGAGCAGCAGAUAAAGAGUCUACAGAUAGCCAAAGAACAGUCAGAAGAAACUUGUCAGAAGAUGCAAAGUGAAUUAAGAAACGAACAGAUGAAAACUGACAAAGCAUCUCAAGACAGGGCUGAGAUUGCCAAUGAAAUAGAUACUUUAAAAAAGGCCAUGUCGUCGCUUCAGAAUGACAGAAAUUCCAUUCUUUCUAAGCAUAAAUAUCUAGAGUGUGAGCAUAGAGUUGCUUUAUCUGAGAAGGAGAGACUGGUAACUGACAGUGCUAAUGAGAUUAGGACAUUGAAACAAGAAAUAAGGAAGCUCUUAAAUCAGAUAGAUGAUCUUCAUUCUGAAAAUGCAAUGCUCACUGCACAACUCUUAAAGUACAGGGAAGAUCUGAAUCAAGUGUUGUCACUAAAAGAUAACCAAUUGAAGGAAUUACUUACAGAGAAAUUGGAAUGCAUUAAGAGUCUUCAACAGCAAAAAUUGGAACUUCUGAAAAAAAUGAAAGAACUGCAACUGAAUAUCAAAGUACAGGAGGAGAUCAUUGAACAUCUAAGAAUGGAAAAUGGAAAAUUAACAUCAAAAGUGUGUGACUUAGAGAUUCUGAUUGCUUCCAUAAAUAAAAUACAGUUGGAAGGAAAUAGACUUGAUCAGAAAAACGAACCUCAUGUCAAUUCUUGGCCUGAAGAAACUUUAGAGAGAUUACCUGAGCUCCAGGAAUUGGUUAGCAAAGAGAAAAUAAAUAGAGACAGUGGUGCUAGAUUACUGGAUGGUGAAGCUAUUGGAUUACCACAAAGGUUGUUAGAAGUCCAAUUGCAGAAUAAAGAACUAAGAACUGAACUUGAAUCUUUUGGAAAAGCUAUGACAGCUCUGCAGCGUGAUAGAGAGAGAUUAAUGGAAGACUUCAAGGUUCUUCAGAGCAAAUCUACUUCUGAACUUGCAUCUGAAAAAAAACGGACUGAUAGUUUUGAAGCUGAACUCAAAGAUUUCAAAUCAAAUAUUCUUGAUGUAAUUAAAAAACAUGCUUUUUUAAAUCAGACAUUAUUAAAAACUGAAGGCAAGUUCACUCUUCAUCAGCUGAUUGAUGAAUUUGAAAACCUGUGCAAGAUGUUAAAUAGCCAAAAUCUUGAAAUUAGUAGACUUUCAUCUGAGUGUGACAGUUAUGUUCAACAGAUGAAUGCCUUUUCUAAGGCUAUGGCCAGUCUUCAGGAUGAUCGAGAUAGACUUCUGCAGGAACUUUUCAAGCUGAGAGUAGCUCAUGAAGCUAAACAAGGCACAAACUCGGUUUCCAUACCCUCUGACUGCAGCAGUGAGAUUAGUUCGCUUAAACUUAAUUUGAAGAGUCUUCAGAUGGAUAGGGACGGACUGGCUAAAGAAGGAACUAAUUCUGCAACAGCUGACAUACUGAAACUGAAAGCCAAAGUGGAUGAACUUGAGAGAGACUUGAAACAGACAAAAGUUUUCCAAGAAGAAGCUGAGAAAGAAAGAGCCUCAUACCAGAAUGAAGUAGUUGCCCUGCGGAAAGAAAACCAUCGUCUGCUGACAGAAUCUCAGGCACUUCAAAAUCAAUUCCAGGCAUCUCUUGUAGAAAAAGAAAAACAGAUUGCAGAACUAAAGAAAGUGCAUCAUGAAGUGGUGAUUCAGAGAGCUGUAUCUCCUGAUAGAAAUUACCCAGUGAAGGGAUUAGAAUCUGUUGCUCUUGCUGGAAGCACAGAUGUCUCUGAUCAAGUGAAGCAUCUGCUAGCUGAGAGGACUCAUUUACAGAAUGAACUCCAACAUUGCUUUCAGGAGCUGCACCAGAGAGAAUUGAAAUUCCAACAAAUCAACUCAAAGGUAAUGCAGUCAAUGCAAGAAAAUGCUGUAUUGUCUGCUCAACUAAAAACGGUGUCCCAAACUUUGCAAGAUAAUCAACUCCGUUAUAAUGACCUCCAGAAUCGUUACUUGCAGCUUGAAAGGGAUUAUCAAGUACAAGUUGCUUCUGUUCAAGAUACCACUCAGAGUGAUCUUCAAACUGAGGUUCCUCCAGGAGCUCCCCAGGAAAGAGCUGCAGUUACGGUUGAAAUAGACAAUAUGGAACUCAGUCAACUCAAGAAAAGACUUGUAGAGCUGGAAGGGCAACGUAAUUCAGAGCAACAGACUGUAAGACGACUGACAGAAAGGCUCUUGGAAGAAAGGAAUAGACGACAAGUUGCAGAAGAGGCUUUGGGGCUCUCUGAUGAACAGAAUAAAAGGCUUGAAAUGACUACUUAUAGAUCAUCACCUAGGGAGUAUGCCGUUCAGAUGGAGUCUGAUGAGGAAAAAGAGGCUCUGGUCAUCAACCCAAAUGAACAUAUUGUAGUACGAAAGGUAAAAGGAGGAGCCCUUUCUUUUAGGAGAUGGAUUCGGGGACGAAGUCUUUUCUGCUCCAAGUUGCUGACCUCAAGGGCAAAAUCUCGCUAUCUUUUCCUUGGUUAUUUGGUGAUGCUACAUCUUCUAGUUGUCUUAUGUCUGACAGGCAUCCUAUAAGUGCACUGAAUUUGCUGUGUGAAUUAUUUUCUUCUAAAUAAUGUGUGCCAAUUUGAGAUAAUGAACCUCUCAAAAGCUACUGAUAAGCUAUGCACUGGAUACAGUUCUGUAUAUUUUCAGCAUUAAGGUGUGGGUUUCAACUUCUUCAUUAACAAGAAGUUUUAAAUGUGCAUCACAGUUGUUCCAAAGUUGAUUUGAGUAGCUCUGUAACAAUAGAACGUUAUAUUUGCUAAGAAAAGAACAUUAUCUUAUCAAAACACACUACUAGAAGCUGCUGCAUUUGGGACCUUUAAUAUACAUGGGGAAUAUGUAAUAGCUGAACACUGUUGAAUGAGUUGUAAAUGCUAUCUUUUCUAUAUAAAUUUAUUUUAACAGAGUUGAACUAUACGUUUGGGGAAAACUGUUCUCAACUAUUGGGGUUUUUUGCUUCUUGAUUAUAACAAGGAGCUCACAGAGUGCAAUAUAGGGAGGGAAAGCUGGAAUCACUAUGAGUUUCUCAACUUCAAAUAAAAUCUUAAGAAUUGAA